CGCAGAGCGGCACGGCGCACUCGCUCAGCAGCCAUGCGCGGAAGCACAGCUGGCUUGGCGGACACACUCGCGAGUGGCUCCCGGGCCCAUGCCGCUCUCUUAGAAACCGCAGACGCACUCUUCGCCAGCGUCGUCGUCGCCCCGGCGGUCGUAACCUAUUGGCAGUCAACAUGGACUCUUAUGGACCUUUACGUUUUACCUGAAGAUCCAGUUGGGAGCGCAGCCGUGUGCGCGGCCUUUGGACUGUGCUGUGAUAUAUUAGUGUGUGUUUUCCAAACAUAUUUGAGCAAAAUCUUAAAACCCGAUCAUGGGCGGUUCACUUACUAUGUCCUUUCGCGGCUAUAUACCUGUAUUUCGGGCGUCGCUUGUGUGGGAGCUUGGAGGGGGGCGUGGAACCUCCUCAAUGAGUGCACAGGGAAUAGCGCCAGGACUUUGCUAUCUACCACGGCAGCCGCCACCCUGUCUCUAGCAGCUUUGCGAACUUUGAGGAAUAUAGUUGCAGCUCCUUUUGCAGUGGUCGUGGACUCUCCACAGGACUACUUCAAUGUGCCAACAAUGUUUCGGACGUCUCCCAGUCGAACGAGCAGCAGAGAGACGGUGCUGUAUGUGCUGGACUGCAUAUUCUCCGUCGCGGUGGUCGGAUCCCUCGUGGUCUUCGUCUGGAGGGGCUCCUGGGCACUACUGGACAUAUUUCUAUUCCCGGAAGAUAAGGUCAAGUCGAGCUGGACAUCCUUGAUAGUGGGCUACGCUCUGGUGGUGGCUACCUUCGCUCUUCAAGCGCCGAUACGCUGGGCGGCCGCGCGACUACACGGCGCCCCGCGGCUUCUCCUGGCUGACGUAUACCACCUGGUUUCCUUCCUCGCUACGGUCAACGUGUGGCGUGGCGUGUGGAGCAUGUUGGAUCUGUAUUUCUUUCCAGAAACGCCCAAAUUCAGCAAUUGGUGUUCCCACGUCAUCAGCCUAUCACUGCUUAUACUCCUCAACUGCUCCAACUCAGUGCUGGUUCGAGGAGUCUACAUCGAUGCUGAGGAACCGGCAGGCGAGUGCGUUGUGUUCCCAUGCCACUAUCUGAGGCUAUACUUCCACAAGGAAAGGACUAAGAAGAGGCACAGAAGAGCUCUGGCAGCUGCGGCCGCCGCGAGGAAAGAAGAGGCCAGUUUACCUUUACAACAACCCGAAGAGAAAGUGUAAUAGACUCUUGAAUACUCUUAGUAUGGUUUGUAGUAGUAACCCAGUGAUCGAAUGCGAGGAUUGCGCUUAUUUUAUGUACAAUCCCAGGCAUGGAUUGAUUCGCACUUUUGUUGUUAUAAGAUUUUUAUUUGCUAAAGAUUAUAUUGAAGUCAGAACGCAACUGGCACUAACGCCUGGAGGAUGAUGGUUUAUCUGAACGCACAGUUUUAUUUGUUGUGUUCCUUUGUUAGUAACAUAAUAGCAUUAAUCAUAAUGUCGAAUGAAUAUCUGAAAUAUUAGUGCCGCUGGAGUUCUUAAGAGUAAACAGAAAGAUUCAAAUACAUACCUCCGAUCAGAAGGUAGAUGAGGCGAUCGAGAAUAAGAAAAGUAGAAUUAUAUUUUUGUUAACAUUCCAUAAAAUUUUGCAUGCAUGCAAGCUUGACUUUAUCGUUAAUAAUUAAUAAUAUAUUUUAAGUUAUUAUUUUUGAAUUUUUUGGACAUAUCAAAUACCUAUUAAAAGUGACAUUGAAGAGUGAACAAAUAGAUAUCUUGUAAAACAGACACGACUGUUUAGUUGUAAAUAGCAACUGUAAUUUUUAAUUUUGUACUACAUAAGUACUAUUUCUAAGUUCUAAUUGUUUAUAAGUAGUAACAAAGAUAAACUAGAUCUUUUGUUAAAUCAAUUUGGAAAGAAAUGAAAAUUGAAACUCUAUAUAACAUUUUGUUGACAUAAUUAGAUAUUGAGAUGUCUUCGAGUAAAAUUAUGUAAAUAAUUAGCUAUCUUUUACUUCACUUAACUAUUUUAAAGCAGUACCUUUACGUGGUUAUGUACUGUUUAUUGUGUUAUAUAUAUAAAUUUUCAUGUACACACUAAACCUUCAGAAUUAUUUAAAAGUGUUAAUAAGUUCAUAGAAGUAAUCUCGAUUAAGUCGGAUGGGUCGUCUAAUUAUUAACAGUACUAACAUCAUAAAUAGAAAUCUGUAGAGUAAUCUUCAAAAAACUAUAACGUGCCUCCUAAAGCUGCACCUCUGUUUUUUAUUGUUAUGCAGUUUUUUAUUGUCCCAAAAUAUGCAAUUGUAUUAUUUACCUACUAAUAAUUAAAUUACAUAAUUGCAUAUUUUUCCCUCGUUAAGCAAAUAAACUAUCAAAAACUUUAAAUGUAUUCUAAAAUAAAACAUAAACGAAAAUGUAGAUUCUAUAAGUAUUUUAUUACCGAAAAUUAUAACCCAUAUAAGAAGGUUGUGACAACUAGGUAUAUUUAUUACAUUUACUACUUGUAUAAGACAGACGACCCAUCAAAUUAAAUGUAAAUAUAUGAGAAGUGCCUUAUCUUUGUGUAUUAUAAUGAAAAAAUUAAGUUACCUAAUAAAAUUAUUAAAAUAUGUUUUAAAAUGU